AUGCCCGAGGCGCCGCCGACCCGCGCCACUCGCGUCGCCGGCCGCCCCGCCCCCGUGCCGCCACCGUCCCACGCCACCCCUGUUGCCGCGCCGCCCCCGCCGCCCCGGCGACCCCCUCCUCCACCCUGCGCCACCCCCGUUGCCGGGCCGGCCCGCCCCGCCCCCGUGUCCGAUCUGCCGCCGCCCCGUGCCACCGUCGUUGCCGCGCUGCCCUGCCCCGCCCCCGUGCCCAAGCCGCCGAUGCCUCGCGCCACCCUCGUCGCCGCAGCGCCCCCUUCCUCCACCCAGGCGGCCCCGACGCCCUCUCCUCAACAACUGCGGCCGCCCUCCCGCUCCGGCGCCCCCUCCUCCACGCCGGAGACUCCUCCACCCCGGCCGCCCCGCCGCUCCGGCGACCCCUACUCUGAGGCUGCCGGACAAAUUCGUCAAGGUGAUCAACCGUCAUCGGCCCCCAGAACUAUUGCUGCGCGAGGGACGCCGGGCGCCGGCAUCACUUGUGGGAUGUGGAUCUAG